CAUUCUUUCCAGUGAAGCAACUAUCGUCUGUCCAUCCCCAUUUCCCCCCGAGGCCCCAACACGAAAAGCCUACUUUAGUAAAUUUACAUGCCUCUUUUUGAAAAAGGCGGCUUUUUUGUUCUCCCUCUUUACAUAUAAAUAACCCCACCUCCAAAUAUAACACCGAUGCACAUAAGUUAUCACCACUUGUCCACUUCCAUCAUCACUGUAUUCCCAGAAUUAAACAGAAGAAAUAAAAAAGGAUGGAUGAAUCUUGGCGCAUGAAGAUGGGAAACUCUGGCAAAUCCGCCACGCCAUCCGUUCUGGAACCUGAGGAUUUCGACGAUGUUUUCGGAGGGCCGCCAAGAAGUGUACUGGCGAGGAAACUCUCGGCUGACUUCUCCGGUAAUGAUUGGUUUUACAAUGAAAUUUUCAAGCCGACGGAUUUGGAUUAUGAGGCUAUAUCAGGCGGCAGGAGAUUACCAGAAUUCGUGAUUCCCGAAAAGAGAAGAUUCAAGAACAAGCAGGCAAAAUCGAUAUCAAGAUCAAAGUCGACUUCUUCGUCCGCUUUGAGCUUUGAUGAACUGAACGAACUCAAUAAUUUCACGUCAGCUGUUGUUAUUGGGGAAGAAGAUGUGGUCCUUUCAUCUUUGGCGUCCAAGCUCAGGCCAAUUAAUAUACCAAGUAGAUGGACAACAUCGUCAACUUCAUUGAUGCCCAAAACCAAUCACAAAAAGAAAGAUUUACCAACGUUUAGGUGCAGUAAUCCUAAUUAUAUGUCUGACAAUAAGAUCAUUGCAAAUGAGUGUAAUGACUACAUAAUGAAAAGCUUCAACUUUGGGUAUCCCCAAAUAGUGUCUUCUCCUGAAACUAUUAACUCAGAACACGCUACCUUCAAGAUGUCUGUUAUUACUAAAGAAUAUGACAAGCAACUCUCCCCUUCAUCCCCUUCAUCCCCUGUUCCUUCUCUUUGUCAAGGUUCCAAGGGCCGGAUAAUCAACAUCAACCAUGAGAAAAAUAAUUCAUGUCCACAACCUUGUUUCAGCGUACAACCAGAAGAGCACACAACAAGCUCUUACGAUAUAGAGGUAAAUUCUCAUAUCAAAGAAACAAACAAUUUGGAAGAAAUAGAUAUUAGUGAAGCAAUUGCCUGGGCAAAGGAGAAGUUUCAAGGUUGGAGCUCAAAUAAUGCAGAAUCAAGUUCUAAAGAACAACAGAGCAGCUUGUUUACAUAAUUGCAUGGUAUAAGAUGAUUAUUGAAUUUGUGGGAAUUUGGAGAACCCUUUUGUGUGAUUAUGUAUGUUAUCAAAAUGUCACGCGAUUUGAAAGCAUGUAACUUAGCUCUUGUAGUUGUGAUUCUUUUAUGAUAGCCCUUCAAUUAACAAGCAUUGGCAGGGUUAAAGUCUGAAAGAUAUAAUAAAAUUAGUUCAAAAUGUUAUAAAUA